AUGAUUAGGAAACAGAAACGAGCAGCAAAUGAUAAAUAUUUUGAAAAUAACAUCAAUGAUCCAAGAAAGACUUGGAAACAUAUAAACAAUCUUGUGAGAAACACUGACGCCACUCCUAAAGUCAAUUGUGUAAGACUUAAAGUAAAAGAUAAAGUUUUAACUAAUCGAUUUCAAAUUGCUGAUGAAUUUAACAAAUUCUUUGCAACUGUUGCAAAAGAAAUUAAAAAGGAAAUUACUACUGGUGCUGUAAAUAGAAGUCAAAUGCAUUUUCUACAGCUUGUGAUGUUUACGGGGCUUCAGGUUAUAUUUGGAACUAUGCUUGUAUGGAGUGAACUCAUUACAACACAUGCAAUAAGGGUACAUACACCUCCAAGACAUAUACCA